CUUGUCAAAGAGUUGUUAUGAACACAGAGGAAAGAGAGGGAAUUGAAAAAAACUCAAAAUGACUCGUGUAAUGUGAAUUUUAUUAGACAGAGCUCGCCAAUAUAUUUUGAGUGAGUGCAGACAUCUUUGGAGCUGUGUGUGAAGUACCAGCACCCUCAGAAUGGAUGGAGAACAAAGGCAACAGGCUGUGGAUAUUGAGCAAAAUGCGGCUGAGCUGUUACUCAGAAAUCCAUACUGCUCAAACGAAGAAACACACAGUGGUUGUAGAUUACCCAACAUGAUGGUCCAGCCGAAGCGGGUUACAGGAAAACAGUGGUCACUCUGGAAAACAUUUCUGGUGUGUCUGUUGGCCUGUCUAAUUGCUACGGCCCUUGUUGUUCUGGUUUUAUAUUUUGUCCACUUUGGCAAGCCCACUAACAUUACCACCGUCAUCAUUCACGCAGACAGAACGUCUAAUCAUGUCACCUGCAUCCCUGGGUCUACCUCAUCUCCCACCUCAUCGUCCCUGCCUGGAUCUCAGAGCACUCUGCCUUCUACCCUUGUGGCACACCAAAGCUCCUCCACCAUGGUGCCUCGAUCUCCUAUGGAGACCACUAAAACCACAACAUGGGGCCAUAAAAUUAUCACUGAAAAUAAAAAAUGACAUUUUUGAGCUCAGCCUUCCUCAAGCCAGAUCAACACCCUUACCCUGAAGGAGGCAUGUCCAAGGUGUUCUCCCCUCCCUGCCAAGAGGUUAUGUGGCUUCAUGAGAUCUUGCCCCUCUUGCUCAGUCAUUUGCUGGCUUCCCAAAUGGUGAUGACUCAGUCUUGGGCCCUCCAAUGUUCAAAUGAUUGGAAAAGAAAAAUUUCAAUAGAGCCUAGUUGAUUCAUCCCAGCUGGGGCCUAGAGCAUCCUUUUCAUCCCUCUGCACAACCAACCUCAUUUAUCACUAAUGAGGAUUUCAGCUGCUGAAGAAGCUGCCAGGUGGACCCUGCUCUACUUAGCUUCCUGGUUGUUGAUUAUUUCCCAGUCUCAUACACUUGACUAUUUUCAGCAUUUGUAUUCAAGUGGCAAAAGAAGGAAAUGUUCAAUUAAAGAGAUUAAUGAACAGGAAUUAUUAUAUAACUAUUGAUCAUUACAGAAGGGUUCUUCCCAUUAGGGAAUUCAGAAAAGAGGGGAGAUCAGUGAGGUUCAGAAUAACCAAGGGAGAUUUCAGAGAAGGGUUGAAAGUUGAAAAAGGGUGCGAGUUUGGAUUUAAGAAGAGAUUAUUAAAACAGAAAAUGAGAGGGCCAAGGGGUUUGAUAGAAUUAAAAUUAAAAGUACACUCAGAAACACUUCAAAUGUAACAAGUGUUGUAUUUUAUUUAUAGGCACUUUUUCACUGAUAUUGUCAAUAUCACUUUUCAUAUUUGAUAUUUUGCUUAAUCUCUAAAUAGUACUAUAAACUACUACAGUCAUGCACCGCAUAACAACGUUUUGGUCAACAACAGACCACAUAUACGGCAGUGGUCCCAUAAAAUUAGUACCACACAGCUUAGGUGUGUGGUAGGCUGUACCAUCUAGGUUUGUUUAAGUACACUCUAUGAUGUUUGCACAACGAGGAAAUCACCUAACGGUGCAUUUCUCAGAACAUAUCUCCAUUAUUAAGCCAUGCAUGAUUGUACUUAUAAAACUUGAACUUUUAAACUGUUUUAUUCUUGUGCUGUAACUUUGAGGGCACAUUGCUUAUGAUUUGCUAUGAGACACAAGACUUGCUCAAUGUUACUUAUAUUUGGAGUGUUUAAUACUCCCUAGAAGCAUACGCAUUUUCAAUCUGGAAGAGACUUGAGAGUUAAAGCAACUUGCCCAAUCCACACCCAACCUCCCAACUCUAUAAAAGGGAAGACCAUCCCAGAGAAGAGGAACUCCUGAGCAAAGACUCAGACCUUAUGAGUCGACAGUAGAGCUUGGAUCUCCAGUUUACAAUUUCUGACUCUCUUUUUGCACACCAUUAGAGGUUCUAAAAGUGUUGUUUUAUUCUUCAAGAUUUCCUAAAGAAGAUUUUGUAUUCUAUAUAAUUCUAGGUUGGUUUGCUGCAGUCAUUAAUAGAACAUGUAAAUUAGCACAGACCAUGAGGCCUUGCUGAGUAAUUAGGCUCUGCAAAGUAAGAUUAGAAAUGUGGUUAUUCUUCAGAUAAUUGCAAUUUAUGGGCAGCUGGUAUUAUUUCUCAGACACUAGUAAGUGUAAAAAUUUGAGCCUUUGAAGAAUAAUUUUUAUACCACAAACAUUAUUUGACAAUAGAAUUUAAGAAUGAAGAAAGGUAUUAUAUAAAUCUUGGAAAAGAAAUUUCACGAAGCUCUAGAUAAUAUUAAUAAGCACAAUGGAAUAAGUGUGCAUGCGUUUUUUUCCAGGGUAGUUUUAAAUCAAUUCAUUUCUAUUGUAUUUUUUAUUUACCUGCCUGUGAAGAAGAAAGAUUAAGUUUAGUAGGUUUGAAUGUGCUUCCUUAUAUGAUUUAAACUUUGUUUUGUGAUAUAAAAGUAAAAAGAGCUUUUA